CUUCACUACCUUUACCGCUUCUCCCUUCUUCCCACUAAUGGCUGUGCUCCCUGCUCUUCGCAUUUUCUUGUACUGCUGUCUGCUUGUAUUCUCUAUCGUCCUCCUUGGCCUUUCUGCAGCUAGACUGCACUACACCAGGCAUCUUUCCCCCUUCGACCCGCUCAAUUCCGGAACUCCAUUCACUGAUCCCAUAGUGGUCGAGAUCCUCGUCACCACAAUCCUAACUAUUUUAUGGGUUCCCUACGUCCUCCAUGCCAUCAUCAAAAGACGUGAAGGAGGGUUUAUCUGGACCUUCUUCCAUGAACUCAUUGCGCUAUUCGUCCUCUUCGUUCUCUGGAUAGUCGGCGCCGCAAUCGCUACCUCCACCUCCAACCCGCCAAACCACCAGUCCCACUGGGGUGCACUCUCAUGGUGCCAACAGUUCCAACCCUGCCGUAUUCUUACGGCUCUCGUCGCAUUCGUCUGGAUGGGAUGGAUCAUGGUCGUGUUCCUGAUGUUCGCAAGCAUUUUGUUCUGUAUUGCGAACCGUGCAUGGGGAGAGCCUAUGCACGGCAGGGUAUACCCUCGUGACAGCACCGUGUAUCCGCAGACGACGCAGUACAGGGCUUCGAGGACGGCGUAAGGCGUUAAGUUCGCCUUUCAUCGCUCCCUAUCGACGUGGGUGGCGACAUUUUUGCGUCGCGGGAUGUUAGCCCCAGAUGGGAGGGGUGAAGUUUUUUUGUCGAGGUUGUGGAUACUAGUACGCGUCUUGUGGCGUGAUGUUCUGUCUUUUGGCUUGUUGUAGACUCUCUGUUACCAAACUUAUGCUUGUUUUACCACGUCAUACACGAGCUUAGCUCUCUUUGUACCACCACCAUCCUUCCUGAAACUCCUCAUACGAGUCCUUCUGUUGUGCGAUGGAUUUUUGUAGCGUGCCUUGUGACUACCAUAACUAUUAUUGAUGAAUGCGACACAGUUG